UCAUUUUAAAGAGAAAUGGAUGCUGAACAAUACAGUCACAAAGUUUGCCAAUUUUUAAACAAAAAUUAAUUUGUAAAAAUAUAAAUAUAUCAAUAUCAAGUUUAUUAGUCAACUUUAGGGUAGCCAACUUUAGUAAUACUAAUCCAUAAGUCAUAUAAGUAAGUAUAAUUUUGUUUGUUCGAAUUGGAAUUUAAAAUGUAAUUUUUUAAAUUAAAAUUGUUUUUUUUUAAAAUAUGGCCAUGGCUAGCACUACAUGCGGUGUCAUACACUGCAGUGGUGUACCUAGAAAAUCCAUGGGUUUUGUCUUGCGUACACUGCACCAAAAUUCAAGUCCUUAACUUUGCCAGUUUUAGGCUAGACCAGUGGAGGGUAGCCAGGAUUAGUGCGGCCCUGGGUGGGUCAAACUUUUUUUUCGCCCUUUUCCAUGAACAAAAUCUCCUGACAGCCGAAAAUACCACCCCUUAAUAUAAAGGAAAAAGUGCGGGAGGGGGGUGCACCUUUGCACCUCCCUCUUCCUACACCAUUGACUGGGUCAGAUCUGUACAUGUAAAAUUAAUAUUAUUCUCAUACUCUUGUUAAGUUAUAUCUAUAUAAAAAUAUUUUUUUUAAAAUCAUUUAACAACUCCAUACAAGGGCAAGGUUACACAAAAGAAGUACUUGUAUUUCAUCUUUGAUUGUGCUCAGGGCUAGAGUCCUACAAGAUCACAUACAAACGGCAUUCCUGUAAUAAAUUUUUUGGUAUGAUUAAUAUGUACCGGUACUGAAUUUUUAAUUUGUUUUUGGAGUAGGGUUGGGAGGAGGACAUCUUUGGUGACAUAAUAUAAACAAUUCUAUAAAUAAUACUUUAAAAGGUUCUGUAUGACCUGGUUAAAUAUUACUCAGUACUCUGUGAAAUGGGGGGGGGGGGGGGGGAGAUAAGUCCGAAGAGGGGAGUGACACCUUGAGUUUAUUGCACUGGGUGUCGCCAACUCUAAUGACGCCUCUGGGUGAGUUACCACACUUUUAUUUAUGGGACUUUUCCCCUGAUUGUGCAAAUCUAUUUUUUGAGUGAUACAUUGCAAAACUGCAAUUUAAUUAUUGAAGGCACAUUAUGUAUGUUAACAUAAGAACAAUAAUAGGCUACCCAAUGAUGAAAAUUUCUUUGAUAAUCAUGCUGUUAAAAAGAUUAUUAUUCAAUGCUAAAACUGGCACUAUACUCUUGAUUCUUGGUGUUCCCAAACUUUAAAAAACAUUUUGAAAUUGCAUCAGGGAAUGGUGCCCGAUUUAUUAAUUACAUAUUUCUUUUAAUCAACCAUAAAUAUUCAUGUUCUAUGGUCCGGCAACAUUACACUCACGGACUAACGACAGUCCAUGGGGUGACAUUUUCAGCCUACUGCAAAGUUUGUUUAGUGGAAGAAUGGGGCGAAAUAAUCUUCUACUACUCUGGGGCGUCACUAUCACUAACCCAAGAAUAAAGAUGGAAACCAAAGCCAUACUAAUAAAUGGUGUCGUUAUUCCAACCCUUACUUACCAGAGGAAGACCUGGGCCCUGAAUAAAACUUAAGAGAAAAACCUCUCACCUUUGAAAUGAGAUGCAUAAGUCGAGCAUCUGGUGAAAUGAGACGGGACCACAUUUUGAACCAAGAAAUAAGACAAAUGGUUGGUUUCAUACCAAUCAGUCAGUAUAUAGCCCAGCAGAAAAUUGAUUGGUUUGGCCAUUUGCUUAGAAUAUCUGUCAAUCAGCCUGCACUAGCCUACAAUAGAAGGCAUUUUUGUCUCAGGAUUAGAGGGGGCGGAUCAACUGUGUUAAGGACAUCCUUAAAUUACACAAAAUGAACCUAUGCACGCCUCACGCCUUGACAACAGAUUGUCAAUUAUGCUAAAGAAGAAGAUUGAGGUAGUUGCUCUCAUUCACAAAAUACUUUCAUCAUGCAUAAAUCAGUUAUGAAUAAUUUUCAAUAUGCUGAUAUUUUGUUUCUAAGAGUAAGAGAACUAAGUGAACUAAGUGUUCUCAGAGUGUACUGAUAUUUCUGAGUUUUGAGUUACACUUAACACUGACCUAAGGAGAAGAAGUGUACAGUACUAGUCAGUACAGACUCAGGAUAGAUAUGAUUAUGUUGUUCACUGACAUUUAAAUUUAAUGAUAACUUGUACAUACAUAAACUUUAUUAUUAUUAUCAGUAUAUUUCUAUUAUUGUCACCAUUGAAUUGUUAGUCUUACCAGCUUAAGUGGGCUAAAUUGAAAUUUUUGUGUAGGUUAUUACAUUAAUGAAUACCUAAGUAUAGUUUAUUGUAUGUGGUUUUUGUGCACUGAUUAAUUAUUUAUCGAUUCACAAAAUUAUUAUAUUUUUCUAUCACUAUGUCAUACUGUCUAUGUUGUCAUUUAGACAAUUCAGUACUUCAUCUUACAAAUAAUAACGUAAUUAUAAUAAUUUGGGGGGAACAAAUAUUUUUUUAUCAGGCUAUCCAUUUAAGCCGCAAGAUUCUGGAUGUAAAGGAAAGAAGGAUGCAGAUGAUUAAAUUGUUAAAUAGAAUUUAUUUUUAAAGUGAUUUCUUAAAAAAUAAAUUCUUAAAUAAUUUUUAUUUACUUUUUCUCAAACUUAGCUGAAUAUAUUUAUUUCUUAAGAAUAAAAUACCAUCUUUAAAAUCUCAUCACCAUAUUAUUUUAUUUUCUAUAUUUUUACAUAAUUAUUUUUACAGUAGCAUUAUGAAGAAAUUUCUCCAAGCAGAAAAUGUGGUAAAUUUUUUAGCUUUAUUUUAGAAGAAUAUGUGCUUUUUAUUCUCAACACUUUUUUCCCCCCAGUAAAACUUAUAUAACAUACUGAGAUGUCUCGCUUUGAUGUUAGCAAAUUUUGGCCGGUGCCUGAUGAUGAGUUCAUUUGUGGGAUUUGUAUGAAUGUUUUGGACAAGCCUCUGGAGACACCAUGUCGUCACGUUUUCUGUGCUGAAUGCAUCCAUAAAGCAUUAAUGGGACAAAAGAAAUGUCCUCUCUGUCGUAAAAAGUGUAUGAAAUCAAAUUUAAAGGAGGUACUUCCACUCGUCCAGAAUCUCAUCAAUAAACUUAAAAUGAAAUGCUCUAAUUUACACAAUGGCUGUCUUGACUUUAUUCAGACGGAACGUAAGUCUUGAAUAUUGUUAUUUGUUAAUUAUGAUUACAUAGUCAUAUGUGGCUAUAAUAAUGAAUGAAAUUAUUUUUAAAUCAAAUAAUGACUGUAAAUUUUAAAACUUACAAUAGCAAAAUGAAGAUUAGACAUAGAAUCUUGUAAUUUUAAAACAUGGAGUUAGAAUGUUUUUUUUAUCACUAAGCCAAAAAUGUUGCUAUAACUGUGAUGUCAUUUAGAGUUGUUUUUCUUCUGUGCGUACAAAAAAAACACUACCCAGAUAUGAAAUUAGGCUAUAUUAUUUUGGCGGAUUGAGAAACCAUUUUUGUAAAUAGUGUAACUUUGUACAAUAAGAGAUUAAUAUUUUCUCUAUGAACUUAAGCAAAAUAAUGUUUAUUCUUUCCAAAAGAUACAUGAACCAUAAUAUAAAACUAAGGUCUAUUCUUUCCAAAAAAUUAUAAGUUCAUUGAAUGGUAUUCAUACUUUUUUUUUACACACUUUUGCAGACUAUUUGGAUCAUCUGCAAGUAUGUAAAUAUUCCAUGGUCCAGUGUCGAUUUAAAGAUUGCAGUCAGCAGUUACUCAAGAGAGACUUAGAGGAACAUGAAACAAAUCUUUGUUCCUACAGGGAAUUUUUGUGCAAUAAAGGUUGUGGAAUGUUGAUCCCAAAGACUCAAUUGGACAGCCAUGUUUGUAUUGAUGCAUUACUAUUAAAAGUUAAAGGUAAUGAAUUUUGAACUCAAUUAAAUUUUUGUAUGAUCUAUGUAUAGCCCUGAGUCAUGACAAUGCACCUUACCCAUGAAGUGACAUCUCAAAUUUUUUGAAACACUGAGUAGUACCACUGAGCGAAAUCACAUAAUUUACAAUAGUAAUAAUACAAAAUCCCUAAGAAGCCCAUAAAAGAUAAUAAAUUGUAUUUUCAUUUGCCCUGUUCGCUGCAGAAGGCUCUAAGCCAAGAUGUUAAGAUCAUGUUGUCCUGUCUAUUGAUUCAAGCUUCAACAUACCUUGUUCUACUAUUUCAUUCUAAGAAGCCCUCAAAGUUCCAGCAAGAGUAAUUAAAAAUCAAAGCAGUAUUACAACAGAUGUUUCUUACAAUUUCGAUUUAUAAAAAAAACUCUCUGAUAAUCUGAAUAAAUCUAUCCUGAACCAGAUUCAGACUGGAUACAAAUUUUCAGAAGCAAGCAGGUUUUAAAAGUUAACAUAGAACAAAACACAGGACUGUUGGAUUACUUGCAUUAUUCUAAACAAGAAAAGAGUCUCUAAUCCUUUGAUUGUUAUCAAUGUAAACACAUGCUGUAAACAGAAAUAAAGAAGAAUACACAUGACACUAUGACAGUACCACCACAUGACAGUAUGACAGUGCCACGACAUGACAGUAUGACAGUGCCACGACAUGACAGUGAAAGGUUACUGUCAUGAAAAGCACAUGAACAUGCUAUUAUUAUUAUGAUCUUAGUUGUGUUUUGAAAGGCAACCCCAUUCACUUUAAAUCAUGUUGUGCUACGAUGUAUCUGAUGAGGCAAUCCAGAUUUUCUAUGCUCAGGCCUCUUGACCUUAUGAAUUUUGGACAAUUUGUCAUUUAUAACAUUUUUUACAUAAUUACGAGUUAAUCAUUCCUAAUUUUUAUUCUCUUUGCAGAUCUUCAAGAGGAAAACAGCAAACUGCAGAAAAUCUUAGAUGAGACUAAAUCAAAAGUCUCUGAUGACAAAAGUUCAGCAGACUCAAGUCAUCGAAACAGGCGACGUUUUCUCGAAAGUGAUUACAGCUCCAGUGACACAGAUUCAUUAGUUUCUGAUACAGAUUCCUUUUCUGGUAACAGCCGAAGGCCUGCCAACAGCUCUUCACGUCUUUGGAAUUCUGAUUCUUUAAGCUCUCUAAGCUCAACAUUCAACAUCGGUGAUUCUAACAGUGCCAUUGAACUUGAUUCUAGCUUGACCAGUGAAACUGAUGAGAGAGCUGUGGAUGAAAACAUUAUUUCUUAUUUUGAUCAGGUUGAGGAACAGCUGCCAAGGCCCACAGAGGAUGAGGAGUCAUAUGAGAUCAAUUCUUCAUCUCCCCUUGUCCAUCAAGCUUUUGAUAACUUCUUGAAUGAAGCCUCACCUGAUUUAGAGGCAACAAGCAAGGCGUCUAAUUCUGUGGAUAAUGCUAACCCUGAAUCUUCCCUUAACUUGACUUCCAAACAUGUUGAUACACUUCCAUGCAAUUCAGGACCCCCAAAAGAGGCUACCUGCAAUAAUGUGGUAAGUCCAGAAAAAAGACCCCAUGACAAUGACACCAGUACACAGAACAAGAAGACAAAGCAAGCAAAGCUGGCUACCAUUUAUCUUAGAAUCAAUGCAGGAAGGGCAGGAGUUUGUUCAGUGAGGGCCACCACAUCAGCCACUGAUUCUCUUAAUAAACAUGAAUCCACCACCACCACACAUCAAAAGAAUCACAUGGGGCACAAGAAGUCAAAAGAGGAUGCCUCGGUGGGAGCAUCCUGUUCUAGGGAGAACUCAUCUCUCCCCGAGAGCACCAACAACAGCUCUGUGGCACCACACAGGUCAGUGGAACCUUGCCUGACAAGUGAGCCUGACCCUCACAGCAGCAGUGAAGAAAGCAAGGAGGAGCCGACCCAGCAGCAGGUAACACAGGACUCAGAAACAGGACCGGGUCAUGCUGAUGAUUUUGUUAACCCUCCCACAGUGGGCCCACUCACUCGUCCCCCAGUGGGCCCACUCACUCGUAGGUCAGCCAGGUUGCAGAGCAGACAGCGGGUGCUGGAGGACAAUCUCAUUCCUUAUGUACGAGUGCCCCCAACUGCAGCCUACCUACUGAGCAAAUAUGGCGAUGAUGACUCAAGUGAUGAUGCAUCCUGGUCACCAUCAACAGAUGAUGGUUGAUUAGGAGAUAAGCUAGCCAUUUUCUUUAGUCCAUUUUGUAUAAUUAUUUUUUAAUAGUUGAUCACACUUAUGUGUGGAAUUAAUGAUUCUUUUGGUUAAAAUAUAAUUAGAAACUCUGAUCCACAGAAAUGAAGACUAGAGGCUUAACUACUUUUUUAAAAUAAGUUUUAAAAAAAAGUAAAUUGGUGAGAUCCCAACUGGGUCGGUUUGUAGAUUGCAGGAACGGUGUUGUUCACUAAACUUUGAGCAAACAAUUAAUGGUUAUUUUGGAAGUAUCUAUGUUUAUAAAUUUGCAUUCCAAUUUAAAUGAAUGUAAUCUUAAUAUUAUGACCAGGUUACUUUGAAUAGCCACCAUAGGGUAAUUACUUUAAAAGUUUGAGAUCCCUAUAUCACACACAAGCUUUAGCGCGGAUAUAUUCAAUCUCAAAUAAUUAUACUCGGUUGCUUUUUUUUUGGACAAGUUUCAAUUAUUUUUUUAAAAAUUCUAAAUAUAUUUGUAUUUUGAGUGAUUAAAAUGUUUUGUACUCUUAAAGCAGAUAAUGCUGCACAUGUUGACCUGUAGAUCUUCUUUAUUCCUAAUUUGUUAGCUUUGAUUAAUUCUUUUGGGUUACAUCACUUCAUCAAAGUGUUUAUUAAUAAGUCAUUGUGUUUGCUUCUCUAAUUUGUUUCUCCUUUGUUUUGAUUUGAAUGAGUUGAAUUUGAACAACAGUAGUAGGAUUUUUGUUUUUAAUUAACUGAAAGUUUGAACCAGGAGCCAAUGGGGAACAUUCUACAAAAAAAAAUUUUCUGCAUUACUUUGUAAAUUUCUACCUUCAGGGUACAGACUGAAUUCCCUCCUUUGUAUUUUAAAUUAUGUUCCUUUAAGAAUUAAAAUAAAAAAAAUGAGGUUAAUAAAAUAAAAAGAAAAGGGAUUUUCAGCCAGGCUUGUUCCGCAUUCCACUUUGCUUGACCUCAAUUUUAAAUGUUUGAAGAGCAUUUGACUCGGGCGCUUAGACUAGACCUGAUCCAAUGAAAUCUUUGAGGAAGAAUUUGAUGCACCGGUCUAUGUUGUUAACAAUAACACAGACAUGAUCUUGAUCCUGAUGUUGUAAAGUUUAGAAUUUUUCUAAAACUUUAUCAACUUGUUAGCCAUUGUUAUUGAAAUAAAUUCAAGUUAGAUAUUGAAAUAAAACGUUCA